AGAAUGUCGGAGAAGAAAGAUAUCCAGCUGUCCCUGUCAGCGUACACCAAGAUACUAUGUCACGUGAUGCAGUAUCCUUAUACUGCAGUUAACGGUAUCUUGUUGACGAAGGAGGGGUGUGAAGAUAAGGAGCAGGUGGAGGUAGUGGACUGUGUUCCACUCUUUCAUUACAACAUUCCUAUCUCCCCCAUGUUCAUUGUAGCUCUUACUCAGAUAGAGGAGUAUGCCAGCAACAGAGAUAUGAAGAUAUGUGGUUACUAUCAUGCCAACGAAUACUACUCUGACUCGGAGGUGGGAGCAGUAGCUACAAGAAUAGCAGAUAAGAUAGCCGAGAACUGUGAGGAUUGCUGCUUGCUGAUUGUGGAGAAUGAUAAGUUAUCUGCUCUCAAUACCGACAUCCCUAUUAAAGCUUUUCUUCCUUCAAAGACCAAUGACAGGAUAGAUUGGAGGUCAAGUGACAAACCCCUCCUGCAAUUCGGAGAGAAGGGACUCCAAAUGGGACCUGAAGUAGUCAAGAAGCAGCUGUACCGCUCUAUUAUUGAUAUGGACUGCCACUAUGACGACGUUUCAUUACAUUGGGAUAACAGAGCUAUUGAUGAGGUGGUCAAAUUAUUUGUAGAGUCCCUGACCGAACACUGAAAUGUAAAACAGAAAGAACCAGGCUGACAUACUUUGGAGAUUCAUGUAGCUAUCUGACGAUUUUACUGGUUUAGGAAUGAUUGUUAGUCGGCUUUGGAAUAAAGGAGUUAAGAUAAUAUAAUGCAUUAUGUAUCGCCAAGGUUUUAAGUGUCGUGUUAAGCAUUAUGUUGGAAUUUUGUUGUGUUACAGACACCUUUCUGUCUCUAUCUUUGACUCAAGAUAUUUAUUUUGAAAGAUAUGAAUUACAAUGAUUUACUUUGAUUUUUCAGUUUCUAUGAUUGGUAUUUUGAAUUUUCUUGAACCAA